AUGUCGACGACCAUCGAACAUCUACCCGUGGAAAUUUGGUUUCAAACAUUUGUAUAUUUGAAAGCAUCAGAUCGCUUUGAAGCUUUUUCGAAUCUGAAUAAAAGACUUGAUGACAUUCUGCUUGCUUCUCAAACAAAGAUAAGCUUGAAAAGCCAUGACAAUGAAGCAUACUAUUUACUUCGACAUGUUUUACCAAAACUAACACACCGACAAUAUGUUACCGGUUUACGAUUAGAAAGGACGAAUAAAAUCGAUUUAGAGUAUUAUGCAGGUUUAUUCGACUUUCCACAAAUUGAUACAUUGAUUCUCCAUCGUUUGGAUGUUAACAAGGAACUUUUAAAUAUUAUUCGAAAUAGUUUGACUCAUCUUCGUUAUUUGAACAUUAGUACUAAAAUGUCGAUUAACUACAAGAUGAACUCGGUUUUACUUCAACUGGUUCUGACUUUACCGCAUCUGCAGAUGUGUUCUAUGCGAUUGACUAUCGCUACGCAUUCCUGCCAACUGAGUAAUGAACUACAAAGUCCUAUGCGAUCGCUAAAAUUGCUCGACAAGAAGAAUAUUUGUUUCGUUGGACAAUUAAGGAAUAUUCUUUCACACCUACCAAAUCUACACUCAUUGAAUAUCACUGCCAAACAGUUGUCUUUGGAUUCUGUAGUUGAUAAGCAAAAUAUCGAUAGUUAUCGAACUGAAAUCUCAAGUUUAACUUUGUAUAUCUGUGAAUUCGCAAUGCCAUUCGUACAACUAACAGAGUUUUUGUCGAACUUCGCUCCGAAUCUAACGGAAUUCAAACUAACCAUCAUCAGCUCCUUUCCAGAUACAUCUUGUUUGGAUUAUCAUACAUGGACUGUCUUUAUCAAAUCGUUAUCUAAAUUAAAAACGGUCACUCUACAUGUUACCCAUGCGAAUGACGUACAGGAACGUACAUGGAAGAAAUGUCGUGUGAAAUUAAUCGAUCUAAUGCGAGAAAAUCUAAUUCAAUCGGAAAUUCGUUCUGCUGUUUAA